GUUCUCAAGGAAUCGGCCAAAACAGUAAUGAUGUUCAAUCAUCAUGCAAUGGGUGCGGUGGUCAACAUGCACGUGUCAAAUGUCCUUUUCGAGAUGCCUCGUGCCACACUUGUAACAAGAGAGGUCACAUCUCAAAGCGCCUCAACCGGCCAAUUAUAUUGAUAUUCUCCAUCAAUUUAACACAAUUAAUGAGAUAAAUGGAAUGUCUAAGCAGAUGAUCAACGUAAACAUUGAUGGUCAUGAUAUUAAAAUGGAAUUGGAUACAGGGGCACCUUGUGCCAUUAUGAGCAAACAACGUUUAGAUUCAAUUAAUCCUAACUUACCAUUAAAGAAAUCUGACCGCCAGUUCAGCAGCUAUACAAAACAUAGUAUUAAUUGUAUUGGUAUAACAUCUGUCCGAGUUACAGUUGGCAAAACGUUAAGAACUUUGGAUCUUUAUGUUGUGGAGGAGAAUUAUGACUCUCUUUUUGGACGAGAAUGGAUAAGGGCUUUUGUUAACGAAAUCAACUUUAUUCAACUAUUCUCUUCACGUGAUCAACUCCAUACAAUUUCUUCAAAGGUGCCACAACUUUCUCGAGAGCAGCAGCAACAAAUUAGUAACUUGCUAUCACAAUAUGAUGACAUAUUCAGCAACACGGCAGGGAAACUAAGCGGACCACCAGCUCAAGUACACCUUAAGGCAGAUGCAGCACCGGUUUUUGUUCGCGCCCGAGAGAUACCUUUGGCCUUACGUUCCAUAUAUGCUAAGGAGAUCGAUGACAAGAUAGCAGCUGGAUUCUUCGAAAGGGUCGAUUAUUCAGAGUGGGCUUCGCCAACUCAUGUAGUAGUGAAGAAAAAUGGUAACAUUCGCAUCACUGGGAAUUAUAAGCCAACCGUAAAUCCACGGAUGAUCAUUGACGAGCACCCCAUCCCGAAAGCGGAACACAUUUUUGCUCGGAUGAAGCAUUCCAAACUUUUCUGUCAUCUGGACAUCACUGAUGCCUAUACACACUUAGCAGUUGAUGACAAAUUUCGCGAAGUAUUGACGUUGAAUACACCAACCCAUGGUUUGAUUCGUCCGACCAGAGCUAUCUAUGGAGCAGCGAACAUCCCAGCCAUAUGGCAACGUCGGAUGGAAACGGUUUUGAAGGACCUUCUCAAUGUCGUAAACUUCUUUGAUGACAUCCUUGUCUUUGCCGAAAGUUUUGAACAACUGCUGAGAACACUUCAAGCCACCCUGGACCGAAUGCGCCAACAUGGGUUACGCCUCAACCGAUCAAAAUGUGUCUUCGCCACAAACUCAGUAGAAUUCUUAGGACACAAAAUCGAUGAACGAGGUAUUCACAAAUCUGACAGCCAUAUUCGAGCAAUACGAGACGCACCAAAACCGUCAACGCCAGAGGAAUUAGAAUUGUUCAUUGGUAAAGCAACCUAUUACAAUCAUUUCAUUCCAGACCUAGCAACGAUAAGUCGUCCACUCAGAGAUAUGUUGCUGGCAGAAUCAUUUACAUGGACACCUGAAGCAACACAGGCUUACAACGAAUUAAAAAAUAUUUUAAUUUCGCCACAAGUCCUGAUGCCUUAUGAUCCAUCUCUCCCACUAGUAUUGGCAACAGACGCAAGUAAAAUGGGUCUAGGAGCAGUCUUGUCGCAUCGCUUGAGCAAUGGUGUAGAAAGGCCAAUUGCUUACGCAAGCCGCACAUUGAGCCUUACAGAACAGCGGUAUCCUCAAAUGGAUAAGGAGGCUCUUGCCAUCGUCUGGGCAGUCGAUAAAUUUUUUUAUUAUAUAUAUGCUCGCCAUUUUGUCUUAAUAACAGAUCACAAACCUCUCGCACAAAUUCUUCAGCCUACGAAAUCUCUUCCAGUUUUGUGUAUUAGUCGAAUGGCGAACUAUGCCGACUAUUUGUCACAUUUUAAUUUCGAUGUUCAAUACAAGCCAACUAAACUUAACACAAACGCUGACUAUUGUUCUCGCUUACCAGUAACAACGACCCACAAAUCAACACAUGCUGUGUCAUCAAUCGUACUGGAGAGAGAGGAAGAAGAAGACGGGUUUGACAACUUCACCCUAAAUCAAAUUAAACAAUUACCUGUUCGAGCUAAAGACAUAUCUAGGGAAUCGCGGAAGGAUGAUCAUUUGGGGAAAAUAGUACAAUUGUUGGAGAGGGGACGAAAUCUUGGUCGCUAUGGAUACAAGGCCCCCGAAAAGAACUACACCCUCUCUGGUGGAUGUUUGCUGUUUGAACACCGAGUUGUCAUUCCGCCAAUCUUCCGUCAACCUAUCUUAAACGAUCUACAUGCUGCACAUGUCGGCAUUGUAAAAAUGAAAGGAAUUGCUCGAUCCUUUGUGUACUGGCCUGGGAUCGAUGGAGAAAUUGAGCAGGUCGCAAAAUCUUGCAAUGAAUGUGCAAAACAUGCACACGUACCUCCAAGAUUUCGAGAACACCAUUGGGAGUACCCGAAAGGGCCUUGGGAGCGCGUGCAUAUUGAUUAUGCUGGGCCAGUAGCCGGCAUGAUGUUACUAAUUUUAGUAGACGCAUAUAGCAAGUGGGUUGAAGUAAAAGUAACAGCGUCGACUACAGCCUCAUCAACUAUAACCAUCCUCGACGAAUUAUUUGCAACAUACGGCGCACCAGUCACCAUUGUUUCGGACAAUGGUCCUCAGUUUACAUCUGAAGAGUUCAAACAAUUUCUCCAGUGGAGUGGAGUGAAAUAUCACAAGUUGUCAGCUCCGUAUCACCCAUCAACGAACGGUCAAGCAGAGCGCUUCGUACAAAGCGUGAAAGAUGCUCUUAAAGCAAUGGGCACUAACCGAGAUACGUUGAAAUCAAACCUUAAUGAAUUUCUACGCCAGUACAGAAAAGCCCCAAACGCUACCACAGGACAACAACCCUCUCUUCUUUUCCUUGGUCGUGUCAUACGUUCGCGACUAGACUUGGUGAGACCCGAAGAUACGUAUACCAGAAUGACGGAAAGAAACCGUAACUCGUUUAAUCCAUCAUUUCGCGUGUUUCAACCAAAUCACCUGGUUUACUUCUUAUCUGGAAAUCCACGACUGGAUAAAUGGUUACCUGGACGUAUUAUAACACGCCUAGGUGAUCUGCAUUACGAGAUCGACUUUGAAGGUAAACGCUUUAAACGUCAUAUUGAUCAAAUCCGGUCAUGCCAACAAACUACUAGUCAAAGUUCUAACCAAUCUAUGACGACAUCUUCAAGUGAUAAUUCUUCAGCACAGAGACGAGUUCAUUUCUAUAAUAAACCUGAACUGGUUCCUGAAAGAGCUGCAGAAUUACCCGAAGCACAAGCUGUUGCGAUUCCGCCAGGAUCACCAGCUGUACCUCAACGACAGGAGUUCCAGGCCGCGACUCUACCCCAGACUGAACGAAGGUCCACGCGGAUUCGGCAUGCACCCCGACGAUACUCUCCUGAUUAAGAAAACAAAGGAGGGAAGAAUUGUAAUGUAUUAGGGAAUUUUACUAUUAUAAUUGGUAACGGAACCUACCGUACCGGGAGAACUUCAUGUAUAUAUGUAUGUAAAAAUGACAGUGCACAAUAAAUGUAAUUAUGUUGAA